AUGAACUUCAAAUCACUUGCCCUAUUCCUCACUGCCGCUGCAGUCCCCCAGGCCGUAGUCGCGGGUCCGCUUGCCUAUGGUAUUUGUCAGACAGGAUGCAACGGCCUGGCUGUUGCUUGCUAUGCUGCUGCUGGAUUCACAUUCGGGGUCGCACUCCCUGCAGCACCUCCUGCAUUGGUUGCAUGUAAUGUGGGCCUUGGGGGGUGUAUGGCGGCUUGUGCCGCGGUCGCGCUUGCACCCACUCCCUGA